AGAACUAGAGUACGUUUGUCGGGUCGGUUUGUUUCGGCGGGAAAUCGGUGUAACUUCUCUCAUUUACACCAUGUUUUAGUCAGGCUCCACAAAACCGUCUUCCUGCUUCGGUAAAAAGCCCGAUAAAACCGUAACAGCAGCCUUCUGUGUCACUGUGAUGCUGCCUCAAGAGGUUAACCGCCGCAGGCCGGGUCUUCCCGAGAAGAUAUUCAGAACUUACCGUCUCUUUGGCCGGUCCUUUAGUCGGCCGUAAUUUGGUAAGUACACCGUUUUUACCCCUCGUUUCAGAGCGAGACUAAAAUGUUAUUAAUAAAAGGCAAAACAUGCACAGCGUUUGUUUGACCCCAGGAAAACACACUCCUGCAAGGGGAAUCAAUGAGAAUCGAUGCCUUCUGAGGAGAUUCUGCACCGUACCGCCAGCUGGCUUCCGCACGAUGGAACAAGAGGAAUCGCCCUCAAGGCAGACGGAGUGCGAGUACCAAACACCACCUACAUCUGACCUUCUGCACCUCCUGCUGAAGAACAGACACCCCACAGGGCCCAUCGACGAGGUCUGGCCCGGCGUGCACAUCGGUAAUGAUUCCGCAGCUCGGGACAAAGAGACACCGCGUGCCUCGGGAAUCACCCACGUCGUGAACGCUGCCCACGGCCCCGAUCGCAUCGACACGGGGGCCCGGUUCUACGCAGACGUGGACGUGGACGUGAGCUACUUUGGAGUAGAGGCUGCAGACAAGCGGGACUUUGACCUCACUCCCUACUUCUGUCCAAGUGCAACAUUCAUACAGGCAGCACUUUCUGCAAAAGGCAAGUGCACGUUUCGCACACCUUCUUUUCGCUAUUUGCUCAACACAAGUGAGAAGCUCAAGACGACGUUCAAAAGAAGCGCAUCAUUCAUUGAAUAAUAAUGUUUGCAAAUAAUCUAUUGCUCAUGAAGGCGCCA